CUCGUUACAUUUAAUCCUGUAAGACACGAUAAGUCGUUACAUGUUUGGUCUUAACAAACAAUUACAUGGAUUGUGGUUUUUGGGAGAUACGGAGGCGGAGUAAUGUAUGGAAACAGCCGAACUAUACCAAAUGAGACAGCCUUUACCAAAGUGAUGAUACAGAUCGAAUAAGCAGACUGAUACAGUAACAAUGUAUGGAAAAGAGCUUCAUCUUCUGCGAAUAAUAUACAGACGGAAUUGAAAUAGAGCGAGUUUUACCGUUUUACCUGAUUGUUACACAUUGAAACAGAAAUACGCAAUGGCGGGGAAUAAAACUAUGAUUGAAUCGACUCAAGAAAAUCAGAUUUUACAAAACAAUUUAUUCUUUAACAGCCAUAGAAGUUGUGAAAAUCUAACUGAUACCUCGGACUAUUUUGGUACCGGGACAACUAUAUUCUUGGGAACAAUGCUGUUUAUUACAAUUAUCGGUGCAGUAUUUGGUAACUCUAUGGUAAUACUGGUUAUUGUAAAGAAUCGCACCAUGCGGGAAAUGACAUACAUGUUUCUACUAAGCCUCGCUAUAGCUGACCUAAUGAUUGGCGCUCUCAUGGCCCCUCUAGCUUUCUACAACCUGCUAAAAGAAUGCUGGAACCUUCCUCGAUUUAUGUGCACGCUGAACCUAAUCAUCAAUACUACUCUUUUAGUGACAUCUAUUCAUACACUCAUGUGGAUAGCAGUGUACAAAUGGCUUUGUGUAAAACAGGUCUUUAGACAUCCGAGAAGAUGGGUAGGGAACCUGAUGAUCGUUUUAGCUUGGGCAUGGGGCCUCUUAUUGGCCAUACUUACCAACCUCUUUAACAGAGCGGUGUAUAAGCCUAAGACAAUGCAGUGUGGGCCGACUUAUCCUGUUAAUUCAUAUAUGCUUCAUGCUGUAAACCAGCUCAUUAAUCUCUUUUUACCAAUUAUUGUUAUGAUAGUGGCCUAUAUCAAAAUAUAUAUUGCCAUCCGGAAGUCAGGAGAGUUUCAAAGACAGCACGCAAUUACUAGUGAAGGUCACCAACAGCGCAGUGAAGCGAGGGCAGUCGCCAAGACACUUUUCAUCGUUCUCCUGUGUUUCCUGUUAUGUUGGCUUCCAUACUUCUGUUAUUCAAACAUUGGAGCCUUCAUUCCCGACAAGGGAGAUAUCCCCAGCUACCUCAAUGCUGUGGCAUACGCGUUUGGUUAUAUGAACAGUGCGUGCAAUCCCAUUAUCUACGCUUGGCGGUUCCCGGAGUUCCGGCAGGGCUACAGGGAUAUACUCUGUAAGAAGCCACAAUAUACAUUCGCCAUUGGACCACUUGGUAGGCCAGUAGUGACGACACGGAAGAAACAAGUUCGAUCUGUGUCGGCAUGUACAACAAUUUCCAACUCAAGCAACAUUGGAAACACGCGCACUGCGGGUUCCAACGGCAGCGUUGGCAACGAUAAGAUGAAAGAACAGCGUCAGUCUAAAGAGGUAGAGCUACAUCACAUUGAUAAUGAAAGGGACUCAGUUUUUCUACAUGGUGACGAAACUAAAGAGUUCCUGCAAGGGCACAAAGCCACUUAGAUGUCGUCCUAUCAACUGGCUGUUCUACCAAACCACGUGACCAAUAUAUUUGUGUUAGCACGGUAAACCAGCUCAGAGACUGCAGCUUGUUAUUUGUUGUACAUAUUUUAUAAACAAAAAACAGCAGAGAAAAGAAAUGUUGUCGAAUGGUCAUUUAUUAAAUGACAGGAACAUUUCAAAUACAACCAUAAUAUCAAUCACUGUUGUUAUAUAACAUAUAGAUCUGAAUGACAUUAACUUCAGUCUAUAUGUACAACAAAAAGAUGGGGUACAAAUUAUCGGCACCGAUGAGGGGCGCAAGAUACAUAUGCAUGGAGGGAUAUAUGAUAUAUAGAAAAAUGCACCUCAUCACCCCAUCCAAAGGAUUGUAGAUAAGAUGAAAGGACAGCGUCAGUCUAAAGAGGUAGACCUACAUCACAUUGUUAACGAAAGGGACUCAUUUUUCCUACAUGGUGGCGAAACUAAAGAGUUCCUGCAAGGGCACAAAGCUACUUAGAUGUCGUCCUACCAACCGGCUGUUACACCACACCACGUGACCAAUAUAUAUAUAUAUGUACACAUGAUAACGAGAUCGUUGCAGAUCUAACUAUUAGUAUUUGAAUUCAUUUGACAACCGUGCAAUUUUAAUCACCAUUAUCCACGCAAUAAUUUAUAUCAUAACUCUGUUUUCUGUGAUAUGAAUUUAAUACGACGAUAAGAUAACUGUACUUUGUUUAAAUCAGGUUGUCCAUUGCAUGAACUAAAACGAGCCCUAAGUGUAAACAUAUGAUUAAAUUUGCCGUUAACACUUUGAUGAUUUUUACUGUGUAACCAACUUCUGUUCAUCAAUAUGGUGACAUAUAGUGAGUGUAUUUCAGGAGAUGUAAAAUUGUACAAUGCGGAAAGAUUUCGAAACUUGUCAUUGUUGCUUUGUUUACAUAGUUAAAAUCAAGGCAGCAAGAAUGUAUUAAAAUAUUUAUUCUCUUACAUAAUAUUUGUAUUUUUAGUUGCAACUAAUUCUGAUUUCAAUACUAUAUCUAAAUUAUUGAAUCGGAGUUCUUCUAUCUCACAAAACACAAUACAAUGUCGACUAAGUCAAUUUCGCACAUUUUCUGACGAUCUGCUACCGUAGUGUUGGGCCCGUUUAACGUAACAUCUUGGGAGGAAAUAGAAACAGUGAUAUACAUGGAAGUAUUUUAAUGUAUAGUCCUCUUGAUGAAAUACUUUUUUUUUCUUUUAUCAGUUAAAAAUGGAGAGUUUCAUUAUCCGUUUAGAGAUGCAUUUUUCUUAUUUUCUAAUAAUUUAUUUUUUAAAAAUUUCAAGAACAUACCAACAUGGCAACAAAAUCAUAAUUCAAACUCAAAUUCCACAAAGCUAGGGUACAAAAUAUAAACAAAAUAAAGAUUUACACGGAGACUCCUGAGAAAGUAUAAGGAGAAUAAGACCAGGUGUUCCGGAAGAGAAGGCUCUUCUGCUUCAUCGACGACACCCGCCAUGUAAACCUUGGUCAAUCCAAGUAAGUUUUGUGCCGUUCUCAGAUGAGAACAAGGUACACAACAACGGAACCAACCGACAAACUAACAAGCAUCCAGCAUCUUGUCACACAACGAAAUAGAUCUUAAUGAGAUCACUAUAUCGACACCCAUACUUUCAUCAACCUGCAUCUUUUGAACCCUUGUGUUACGAGUUUGUCCACCAGUUUACGACUGAUAAUGGGAACAGGACCUUAAAUGUCGAAUCAACAGAUACACUUUCAAAUUUCAUUGACCAUUCCCAAGAUUUACACUUGUGUUGAAAAUAUAUUUUGUAAUCUAACAACAGAACUAUUGAUAAGAAGAAAGGUUUCGCUGUAGGUUAUAUAUAUAUAUUGUUAAAUCGAACUCCUUGUCUCUAUAACAUCGGCCUAGGCUUUACUCCGGUGAUCUUCGCUUGAUACAUUUCAUACUACAUCAUACUGUUAAAUCAUUAAUUUUCGAGAGGCUUGAAAUUCGUUGAUUUCAUGGUAAAUACACUUCACCCAUCACAUUAAAUGCCCGCAAAAUGAUAAACCAAUAAACAUUCUAUUAGGAUUUCGUGAGUAAAGUUUCUUCUUGGUAUCUACUGCUAACAAAAAAAAACUUUUUGUAAAAACCACAAAUUGUAUGAGCCCAUCGAAAAUGAAUGACUUUGCAGUAUUGCUUUUUUCAGUUACUGUAUGAUAAUUAUGAUAAUUUAUGAUAAUUAUGAAUAGUGCUGCAAUAAACGUGAUUUUAGUAAAUAUAA